GGCACCGAUCGCAUAGUAAGGUUCAACAGCCGUCGCCUAAGUAUGUAUAAGCCACCUGCGAAGUGUAUAACGAAAAGGUAUAGAGUGAAUUGGAAUAGCAGCAUGCCAAGAAGAUGCGCCAGGCUAAGCUUUGGUACCAGGCAAGCGGCAUCUAGCCUCAUCAUGUGGUUUUAAAUCCUACCAAAGACACGAGGUAUCAGGCACAUCUCUAUUUAGCCUGAACCUCGCGCCGCUUCUCGUAGGUCCAUAUUCCCGAGGUUACCGUCUCACACGAUACUCAGAUCCGGGUACAAAACUGUAUACAUACACCCGGUUAGUCCUCCAGCGCUACCUAAUGCCGGGUAUAUGCCAAGACCAGAGCCGCCGGUGUCAUCGGUAUUACAGCCUACACCGCGAUAAAAUAUUGAUCGAUAUUAUGUCUCCAAGGUAACCCCCAAAUGAGACUAUAGACGGAGCUUAUAUGAUGAAUAAUGAGGGUCAUCGGCCCAUUUCACGAUGACUUUGAACGAUAUCAUUUUUUGCUAAUGGCUCGGUAAUUCCUGAAGCUGCCUGCAGAAGAGUUCUAGCCCCUAUUUUCGAUAGGUCGCUAUGCCGUAACGCUAAUACGAGGUUUGUUGAGAUAUUUUGUGAGGUGUGCGGUAUAUUGCAUACUGACAGAUAUUCGGCAUCAUGAAGCCGAGUCUUUCUUCCAUCUUUGCGGGCGUAUUUAUUUCCGGGGCUAUCGCGCUUAAGCCAAGGGCUCUUCUUUCUGACUCCAUUCAACUCACGCAAGAAGAUAUUGGAGACUUUUCUGCCAUAGAGUUUGGCGAUGAGGCUAAAGCUUCAUUAGGUGAUAGCAGCGUUGAUGACUGUAAAGUCUUCCCGGGCGAUAGCGACUGGCCAUCCGUCGCAGAGUGGGCUCGGUUGAAUACAACUCUCGAGGGUGCUCUGCUGAGACCAACACCCGCAGCUGCCGCUUGCUACAAAGGACCCGAUUAUGACUUGGAAAGAUGCACGUACUUAUAUACGAACACAUCCCUUUCGCACUUCUGGAUUGACGAGCCACUUGUUUCGUUGACAGAAUGGUCGCAAGGUGGGACUUGUGUGCUCGCCUUGGACCCUCAGGGGAACUGUACGCGUGGUGGAUUCCCCGAAUACGUUGUUAACGCCACGAGCGUGAAGCAUAUCCAAGCGGCGGUCAACUUUGCCAGGAACAAGGGCAUCCGGCUAGUAAUUAAAAAUACGGGACAUGAUUUUGGUGGCAGGUCGGUGGGAGCAGGAUCCCUCAGUAUCUGGACACAUCAUCUCAAGGCCAUGGAAUUCAUCCCUUCGUAUGAGCUUGGGCCUUAUCGGGGAAAGGCUGUUCAAUUCGGAGCCGGCGUUGAGUCGUGGGAGGAGCGUAACUUCAUGGCGGCCCACAACGUAACCGUCGUCGCACCCGGUUGGGCUACGGUGGGAGGAAUCGGCGGCUGGAUGAGCUCGGGGGGGCACACGAUGAUCACCUCUAAACUUGGUCUCGGAGCCGACCAAGUACUUUCUCUUGGUGUUGUGACUGCUGCCGGCCAGUUCGUAACAGCUGAUCCGUAUACUAACUCCGAUCUUUUCUUCGCAUUACGCGGCGGCGGUGGAGGAACCUAUGGAGUGGUGACUUCGGCUAUCUUAAAAGCGCAUCCGCCAAUUAACUUAACGUCAACGUCGUUAAGUCUCACUCUUUUAGAGCCAAGGAAUACGACAUCCCCUAUUCCCGGUGUACUCACCGACGCCGAGAAGUUCUGGCAAGGCGUUAGCGCGUACUAUAGAUUCGGCGCCAAGAUAUUGGAUGCUGGCGGUUACUGUUUCAGCUACAUCUAUCCCCUUCCGAAUAACAGUUACAGUUUCGUAACAAGCUCGGAGUUCACCGACUCCACGGGAGCAGCAGUCUACAAGUUCAUGCAGCCACUAUACGACGACCUGCACGGUAUCGGCAUCAACGUCACUAACCCAGCGCUUCUCUUCACCAACCUCUACGGACUACCCAGCUCAGGAAUCGGGUCCCCGCCAGGCAACACCAGAUACAGGUCCCGACUACUCCCGCGCGAAAACUGGGAGGACGACGAGCUAUGGAACAAGACGAUGCAGGCGAUACGUACGGCCACGGAAGGAGGCUACGAGCGGGAUUACUACUUCCACGGGACGAUGGCCUCGCCGACGGAAGAAGUUGCAGGGUGGCCCGGCGCAGAAAACUCGGUCAACCCGGCGUGGCGCAACAACCGCAUGCACGCGAUGCUGAUGGACCAGACGCCGGACCAGUCGACGGAGCGCGACGCGGUGAUGCGGGGGUACAUGGACCUGCUACGCUCGGUGUCCCCGGAUGCCGGGUCGUACAUGAACGAGGGAGACCCGGGCGAGCCGAACUGGCAGCAGGCGUUCUACGGACGCCAUUACGAGCGCCUGUUACAGAUCAAGCAGCAGCGCGACCCGUGGGGUUUGUUCUGGGCGCCGACGACGGUUGGGAGCGAGGGUUGGGCGGUCCAGUCCGUGGGGUAUCCUGGGUCGCAGAAUGGGAGGUUAUGUCGCACUGGGCAGGUGGAGGAUAAAAAGGAAUGAUGGAUGACCUUGUUCAGUCUUGUAAAAAUCAAAGCAAGCUAUACCCCUGAUCUAACCCCUUAAUCAGGGGGUAGAGUACCUAGUGUAAGUGGAGAGGGGCGAUAAUAACAUACCUAUUGUCCAACACACCACUACACCAAAAGGCAAUUUCGUAAAGGACAUAUCACUAUAAUAUAUCGU